AUGGGCAAGCGCGGCCAGAAGGCCGACACUCAACCACCGUUGCCGAGGACAGCCGGAGCCGCCCGCAAGCGCAGGAAGAGUGGCAACGGCGGCGGCGAUGGAGACGACGUGCACUCCCAACCCCAGCUCUCGUUGGCUGCGUUCUCGUCCGCUUUCGAGUGCGGCACGUGUGGUUGCACCGACACCGAGCAGAAGAUGAGGGACACGACGGUGCCGUCCUGCACCGCCUGCUUCGACAGGUAUUCCAAGGGCUUCACCCAGUUCGGCUCCUUGGAGGUAGUCCAGCUGGGCGUGCAGGACGAGGAUUCGCACAUCCACGACUGCUGGGAGGAAGCCAAGCGAACCGAGGCGGGCGAGCGCGGGCAGUUCUUCCCGACGUCCGUCGACGAGGGGACAGAGUUCAUCGUCUCGGUCGUGAAGCCGAUGGUCGGCUUGAGUCGCGCGCAGCUCGUGGCAGACGUGCUCCACGAUGACCCCGAGAAGCUGGGCAUCAAGCUGCAGGACCUGCCCGACCACGAGGGGAACUGCUACAAAGGCAUCUUGAUACCCAACCCGAACCGCCCGUACCUGGAGUACGACGUGGCCACCCAAGUCGUCGCCAAGAUGGCCGCGCACAAGAUGGUGCCGUCCCAGCAGAUGUUCGAGGCGCAGUCUGCGGGCACGUUCGCGUACGUGAAGAAGGAUCGGUGCGUGGACCCCUCUAAGGCAAUUGCGCAGGAGAGCAAGAUGAAGACCGUCUGCGUGAAGGCGCGCACGGAUAAUCAUACCUUGGAGUCCUUGAGGUUGAAGGGGGAUGCCUACAGGAAGGCGCAAGAGGAGCUCAAGGUGGCGCGCCAGCUUGCCGAGGAGCACGACUCGAGCCAGUUCGGCAGCCCGAGCGGUGCCCAAGCGGCUGCUGGGUCGCAGCUUGGUGGAGCUGUUGCUGUUUCGGCUGGCCCGAUGCUGAACCCGACGGCGAUGGCCUGCUCGCGGACCGUCUUCACGGGCGAGGGCGGCCGCGGUGUGCCGAGGACCCCAGGAGCGAAGCCCCGCACAGCCAAGUCGGCGGUGUCCGAGGCAAAGCAGUCCGAAGUGGAGGAGCUCGUCGAUCGUCGCAUUGCCGCUCUGGGCGUGAACAGGUGCUGGUCAGGCGUCGCCAUGGGCCGCGAACUUCGCUGGGCCAAGGAGUCGCAUGCGAGCAUCAUGGAGUCGAAUCCCACGGUGCAAGAUUCAGAGACCGCGGACAAACUACGUGAGCACAUCUCGGUCUGCGACGCGAUCUGCGGGCUCGUCGAGAAGCCCAUCGCGACCGUGCCGAAGCAAAAGCUCGAGGACCUCCUCUGUGCCAUCGAGAAGGGCGACGAGGAUAUGCCGAGCAAGUGGAAGAUGGACGUGCUGAAGCUGAAGGUUACAGAGACGAUCAAGUUGCCCGACAUGGACAUGAACGAUUUCUUUUACAUCAUCGCGCCAUGGGAGGUGAGUCAUCCAGAUGGCAACGUUGACUACAAGUUCAAGCCGACGCGCCCAAGGGUCAUCACUUGCGACGGUAGCGUCUCGGACAAGAUGUCCAGUUGCGAAGGGUUCUUUUCGGAGGCGCUGGCCUACCACAUCCAGGCUGGCAGGGGCGGGCAGUCCAAGCUUGUCGCGUUCUGCAGCACGUGCCUCGACUGGCUCGACGACAAGUGCCCUGACGAUGAGACCUUCGACGAGCUCGUUUCGUCGAUGACUACGCGCUUGCAAGCGCUGCUGUGCAUCGCAGACCCCAUGUGCCUGGAGUACAGCGACGCGCUCACGACAAUGACGGAUGCCAGAUCGUCGGAGCUUGGGAAGGUGUGCUUGCGCCACCUGAACUUGGCCGUGAAGCGCUCGACGCACUACACUGCUCCCAAGGAAGAGUUCGACCAGUUCUACCCGAAGACGAAUGAGCUUUUCCCCGUGAUGAUGAAGACGAUGUCGACGCUGGACGCUGGCUCGGACAUCAACGCGGUGGUGCAGUCUGGGUCUCUGAAGGCCGCGCUCGAGAUGCUGCCGAAUGUCGUGACGUAUUGUCGGCCAGGGUCCUUCGACAAUUUCAAGCUCAAGGUGGCCGCGAAGAUCGGCGAGUACGUCGACUGCUACGUGUUUGGCGACGGUGUCGACGGCGCGGCUGACCCCGCACUGACUGCGUGGCUGGCCGAGAUGAAGGCGCUGCUCAUCAUGGCUAAGACCAGCUUGCCAGAGAAGCUCUCCUUGUGGCUGAAAGCGUUAGACCAGAUCGAGAGGAGGGAACGCGACAUCAACCAGUUCAACGCCUGCCAGGGCCUCUCGCGGCUUGCGACGUCCAUGACCGAGGAGUUCCUGACCAAUCCCGAGAAGCGCCACGGAGUGAUCCCCGUGAUCGAUUCUGUGCUGGCCGCUGGCGGCAAGGGCGUUGCGGACUACAGGGGCAGCGCCGCCGCCAUCUUCUCGCACAUCUACGAGUGUGCUUGCAAGAACUGCGGUGAGCCGAAGGACGUGACCCCGUACCUGCACAUCCUCCUGAAGCUCGCCGAGACAGAUUGGUUGGUCGAGGACCAUGCGGCCAAGCUCAACAAGGUGACAGUCAUGCUCCAGCACUGGGGCCCGCUCGUGCAGCACCGCGAGGAGUGGAUACGAUUGGCGGGCGACGACAAGUCUCGGCUGCUUGAGGUCAACGCGGUCCGCGUCGUGCAGGGCAUUCGCUCCACGAUCUUGUCUAUCCAGGCCGCUGGCUUCGCGCACGAGGUGAUCAGUUUAAACGUGGACCUGCAGGCAUCGAUCGACGAGAUGAAUGUGGCAGCGCAGGCGUGCACGGACAUGAUGACGGCAUCCCUCCAGCAGAAGACGAAUGUGUUGAAGCCGCUCUCCAAAGGCACCGACUCCUACGACCAGUCAUGGGGCACGGGGCUGAAUGAGGGCGUGGGCAUCGAGAAAGUUUUGCAGCGGGUUGAGGAGACCAUCUUGACUAUUGACGGGAGUGCCUACCAGACGAUGAUCAAUGAGGUGAAUGAGGCCAUGGCGCAGGCGAAGUCGUGGGCUCAGACCUUCGACGUCACGACAGACAGCGAGGCCAUCAGUGAGGCCAAUGACGUAUUGAAGAUGGCCCUCGCCACGAAGUACACUGCGCUGUUGAUCCACGCCUACAAGACGAACAACGGUCAGCCGCCGAAGCUGCGCCGCGUCGUGAACACCUACAAGAAGGAGAUGAUCGAGGCGAACAUCAUGAGCUACGUGCGCUCGGACGUCGUGGAGUGGGCGGCGAAGCUUUCGUCGCUCAAGGGCUGA